AAGCUCGAUUUAAACAAAGUGCCCCAAAAGAAAUCAACACUUCAUGUGGUAUGCAUGAGGUUGAUCCGAUCAGCUGAUGAAGUUUCCCAUCAGCCGAGGCACAUGUUUCGGCAAACGUCAUGAAAACCGUCAUCCCCCAUCCAGUGCCGAACCAUUCUCGCACCCAACCUCGAAACAGCCCCCUCUAUUUGUUGUAAGGUGUACCCACGUACAUAUUUCCCCUUCUUAACCCCCUCUUUGAUCUCGCUCCUUCUUUUCCAAACCUUAAAACGGUCAAUUGAGCAUUGUUGGUUGUCAACUGUUAUCCUGCCCUUUCACCCUCUCUUGUCAAAGCCGAAUCGUUUGUAUCCCACCUUGGAGGCACCGAGGUACCGAACCAGAAUUAGGUACAUGCGUACCUCAACAAAGUUCUCAGUGGCCUUUUUGAUAUACUACCCCUGCUAAACAAGGCGAUAUAACGCGCUAUCCAUGAUGUCUCAGUCCAACACUGAAGGACAAAAGAAGGCGGUUGCGGCUGCGGCCCAGCAAAGUGACAAUAUGGCACACGCAUUGGCAGGUGCCGGAGGGGGUAUACUGUCGAUGUUAUUGACUUAUCCGCUGAUAACCCUCUCAACGAGAGCGCAAGUCGAGUCCAAGCGUGCGCAUUCCACAACUUACGAUGCUGUACGUCGCAUUAUUCAGAGAGAAGGAGUUUCUGGGCUUUAUUCAGGCCUUGAAUCUGCGCUUUUUGGCAUCAGUGUCACUAAUUUCGUAUACUACUACUGGUAUGAAUGGACGCGUUCGGCCUUCGAGAAGGCAGCUAUACGAGCGGGCCGGGCCUCCAAGAAGCUCACGACGUCCGAGUCCAUGAUUGCAGGGGCUAUCGCUGGGAGUGCCACCGUCAUGCUUACCAAUCCUAUCUGGGUUGUAAAUACUCGAAUGACGGCCCGCAAAUCCGAGUUGGACCAGGAAGCAUUGCCGGGGGCUCCCGCUAAAAAGUCGCAGGCCUCAACGAUUGCCACCUUGAUGGACUUGCUUCGACAGGAGGGUCCUAAGGCUCUUUUUGCCGGUGUUCUUCCAGCUCUUAUAUUGGUAAUCAACCCAAUUUUGCAGUAUACGAUCUUUGAACAAUUGAAAAAUAUGCUGGAGCGCCGUAGACGCAUGACGCCAAAGGAUGCAUUCUAUCUUGGGGCUCUAGGUAAGGUACUAGCAACUUCGAUUACGUAUCCUUAUAUUACAGUCAAAAGCCGGAUGCAUGUCGCUAGUAAGGACGGCCCCAAGGAAAGUUUGAAUGGAAGACUGAAGAGGAUCAUCAAAGAAGAGGGCUAUGUGGGUUUGUACAAAGGCAUUGGGCCAAAGGUCACACAAAGUGCAAUUACUGCAGCAUUCUUGUUUGCGUUCAAGGAUGUCCUUUAUGAUUUUAUGGUCUCAAUUCGGAAGAGGAACCGGGAAAUCUCCAGAUAGAACGCUGUGGUACGGGCAAGCUUCGAAGGGGAAUCAUUGCAGAAGUUCUAGAGUAAGUGGUUGAAGCCAGAUGUACCAUGACUUAUCUAUAUGCUGUGUGUCUUGGCCCAGACUCCCAAGUUCUUGCCUGUCAUUGACUGUCUACUCCGUACAUUUUACAUAUAGUGAUUGUACUAGCAAUCUUGUUCUUCGAAGCUUGCAGUACUACAUCUAAUGCUUAGACAUAUAGGCGGGCAUGACUAUAUUCUUGAAUUAAACUUCAAGUUGUCUACGGUAUAACAAGAGGC